AUGACGCUGACUCCAGCGGGAAAUCCUCCAAAGCUAAUAUCUCCACAAGAACGAGCCCAGUUAGAGUAUUACUUUGAAAGGCAUAAUCAGAGCUUAGAAAUCUGUCAAGCAUCAAGUUGGGAAUCUGGAUAUGGCAGACUAACUGGACUCAAUGUUUCUUAUCCAGGCGAGCAAAUGCGACCAGGAUCCAUUAUCCCUAAGAUUAUAUCUGAUAAGGCCGGUCUAAUAUGGAAUUUAGAGGGUGACUACAAACAAAUAGAUCUAGCGCUGUUAGAUCUCAAACAGGAAGAGCAUCUAGAAAACAAUGAUUUUGGAGAGCUGUCGCAAUCAGAUCUUGAUGAUAUAAGCGAGCAGUGGAUCAAGCAGACGGACAUUGUAGAUAACGGCAAUGGUGCGGACUCCAAGGGUCCUGAGGACAAGCUUGAGUCUGAAAAGGAAAAAGAGCGUCUUGAGCUUUUGAAAGCUGAUGGCUCAUCCGACAGUGACAGUAAAAAGGAUGAAAAGCCAUCAGACAAGGAUCGGCAGAGAGAAAAGCUUGUCAAAGCUGAUGAAAAGGCGACGAAGAGUAAACUUCGACCUGAUUCUCCUAGUAAACCCAAAGAGAGAAGAGACUCUGCCUCUAAUUCCUUGAGCAAACGAAACGCAUUCCCAUAUAUCUCGGAUUUUUUCUUCCCGUCCGAUAAACCUAGAAAGCCCUCUAGCUUGAGUGACUCAGAUUCUGGUCUCACUUAUUUCACUAACAUUUCAGCAAGCCUGAAUGGUGACUGGAAGAGAAUGGAUGUUGAUUUAGUACCUAUUGAGAUGCCUAUACCAUCUCUUGAUCCUCCAGAAAGGGCUAAUUCCUCUCUGAACGGUCAUGUUAACUACGAUAUCUAUGGAAGACCACUUAGUGGUGCUGGUUCCGGUCCUGGCGGUCUAGAUCCUAACCAAUACUAUAUAGAUGGGGUCCCAGUUAAGCCAGGAAAUAGGACAGAGGAUUUUGGCAAGCUGCGGAUCUCUAUCAAAGAGCGAGGAUCUAUGGCUUUUAGCAAAUCGCAAAACUCAGCGUCAGUGAAGGCCAAAAAUCGUACGCGUAGAAAUCAAAAUGGAUAUUGCCAAGGUGCGGCAAACUCUUCAAUAUCAUGGCUCACGAUAGACCUCACUAUGGUAGAUGAGAAUGAUGACAAUUCUAACGAAAUUAGAAUGCAGGGAGUACGCAUUAAAGAUGGUGGUAACUUUGUGGCUACAACCUCAUCUCUCAAAUUUGCAGGUGAUUAUGCACUUCCACAUUUCUUGCUUGAUAAAUCACUAUUUGCCGAUGUUAAGGCUAAAACACUUUGUCGUAUGAGCAGAAUGUUGAACCGUAGAUCGAAUGAUCCAUAUUAUGGAAUUCUCGAAGAGGCCGAGUUACAAGCAGAGAAAUGUGAAUAUAUCAUUUACGGACACGUCCACUCUUCAGGGCUAACAAAAGAACAACUCAGAGACGUUGAAGAUGAGCUAAUCAACCCGUUAGGACGACCACAUGCCGACGUACCAAAAUUGAAAGUUAGUGCUGUGCUUUACUCUCCAGAUUGUGGUAUCGCCAUGACUGUAGACAAUCUUGAAGGUGAGAAGCAAGAGUUGUACUUUAUUCGUAUUAGACGGGCUAUUAUGGCAGGAAUUGUUUUAUUAUUAGUACAAACAGUCUUCACUGCGUUACAAAUGAAAGAUACAAACACCCCAUCAACCAUUUCCAGAGUGAGUUUCUAUACUAUUGGUCUCAUGGCCGUUCUGGAUGGGGCCAUUUGCCUAGUUGCGCUUGUGUCUACAUUCCUUGACCCCAUAGCCCUACCUUUCAUGGCUGUUGCGUUCGUAUCCUUUGCUUUGACAUCUUUGUUUGAAAUUCGAUACAUGGUUUUGAUAUACAAGUCUCAGAUGCUGGAGGAAAUCGCUGAUGCUCGUGCUCAAGAGGCAGUAGGAGAAGGAGGCAGAUUUGUAGCUCGAGCCGAUGGCACAAUUGGUAGUGUGGACACUCCUACCCCUGCCGGAGCAUCAGCGACAGGUCGAGCUGGUAACGCUAUAAGUACCACCGGUUCGAACGCGGCAAGUGAUAUUUCCAAUUCUAGUACAACAAGCGCCAGCACAAAUGAUUCUACCACUCGGGGCCCUAUACUUCCCACUACAACGACUCCACGGCCACCUAUUAUUGAACCUGAUGAGAGGCAAAUUGUAGGCGUUAUAUACUCAAGAUUCUAUUUCACCAUGCUGGCAUUUGUUAUUAUAUCCAUCACAACCUCAUCAUGGCCAGCACCACUUCGUACAGGAUACGAGUAUUUGAGUAUGUCAGUGCUGUUUUCCUUCUGGGUUCCUCAGAUCUAUCGAAACAUAAUGCGUGGAUCAAGAAAAUCGUUUCUUUGGCAGUACAUCUUCUCCACAAGUAUCAUUCGUCUUCUUCCCAUUCUCUAUCUCUGUCUAGAUACCAAUAAUGUUAUUAGUCAUCGAUAUGACCCUGUUCUGGCAUCAGUUAUUGCUGGCUGGCUUUGGAUUCAGAUUCUUAUUCUUUUCACUCAAUCCACUUUUGGACCUCGAUUCUUCCUCCCAUCGGGUAUGCUUCCUGCGCUGUACGAUUACCACCCGAUUAUCACUGAGGAGGAUCUCGAGACAGGGUUCAAUUUUCAAGUCGACUCUCAAGAGAAUGCGAUUGCGCUCAAUGUUGAUUCCCUUGAAGAUAACAAAUCAGAUACAUCUGCAAAAUCCACAGAAUCACUACUGCAUGGAUCACAUGGACACCAACCUCAUCAUACGACUACUAUGGACUGUGCCAUCUGUAUGAAUCCGGUACAGCUUCUCAUAUUCCCUCAAGACCAAAUCCACAAUGCACUUACACCUGCAAACAUGCUGGCCCGCCGUCGAUACAUGGUAACUCCUUGUCGACAUAUUUUCCACACCGAAUGCAUGGAACAGUGGAUGCGCACCAGACUUCAAUGUCCUGUCUGUCGUAACCCACUGCCACCUAUUUAA